AUGGAAGGUCCUUUAUACUUUGAUUUAGAUCUAAAUCAUAAGUUUAGUAACAAUCAGUUUGUGAUAAAGAAGAGGCAGAUAUUCAAUUUUUUUUAUUGUACAAGAUAUACCACAAGAACUGGAGAUAAAUUUGCAAUUCAAUCACUUAAGUUCCAGAAAGCCAACUAUUCAAUAGAUAGUAUCGACGCCGCUGAUAACUUGAGUUUGAGUUUCUUUACACCUAAGAACGAUGAUAGGCCAUUCGUCUUGUGUCUUGAAAAACCGAACAAUAAAACGGUUUACUAUGGUUUGGCAGACAAAAAGGAUUUUAAGUGGAGAGAGAUUGAUGUCCAAGGUGUAUCUAAUGAUCUUGAUGAUGAUGCCCUCCUGACUAUUCUUAAAAACCGGUACGUACAAUACUUUGCAAGUGUAAUAAAUCUAAGUGCACAUGCGAUAUUCAACCUUACGUGUGAAUACGGAGACGUAAAAUACACUUUAGUGCACAAUUUCUUGUAUGAAAUGUAUGAUAAAUAUCAUUUUAAACCAAACAGGGCGCACUCCAUAAAGGCAAUUAGACUUGAUGGACUUGAACUCUCAUUCGAUAAAGACCUUAGGUUUGUUCAAGACCUGUACAUAUAUUACGCAAACUAUGACCUUACUACGCCCUUGUUGAUAGAAACUGUUGGGUUCAGAAUGGGUGACAAAAUUCCUCUUGUCAACUACUUCACUGCUUUUAAACCUGGCAGCUAUACUUGGGUUGACGUCUACUCUGACUUGACUCUGACAUAUCCCAAGUGCGAAGGGGACAUUGGGCGCAUUCUUCUAUCAGAGAUUAAUAAAUAUCGUAAUUAUCCGGUUGAGCUAAACUUAAAACUCCAAAAACACGCGAACGUCGAUCACAUAGUCGAUAGAUUUAGUGACAUACCUUUCUAUUUCGGGUGUAUGUCCAACUCGAGAUAUGGGUACAACAUGUAUUAUCCCAGGGCUGGGUCUACGUUUUUAGUUGAGAGUCUCGUGAUAAAUGACCAAUUUCAGGACAUUGAAAUUCAAAGUAGGGAGUAUCGAAGUGUGUUCAUCUACUACCUAACUGAUCGGGAAAAGGCCAUUUUAAUCUGCUUCGGGCUACGAGACGAUUCCUAUAGCCCUUUGCAUUUUAUUUGGUAUAAGCUUGAGGACUCGAUUGAAAACAAGUGGGAGAGAAUUGACUUUUCUGCCAACCCUGAAAACGAGUACGAACUCAUAGAGAACCAAAUAGACGGUUUAUUUGGAACUCACAUCAACGUCAAAAUUUUAAUGUACAAAACUUUGGCGGCCACCUUAUUCACGUUCGGAACAGUUGUAGGAGUUUACAUAGGUGUGAAAUACAGCGAUAGAAUGUCUGCCUCAUUCGAGAGACUAUAUAAUUUCACAAGAAGAUUUAGGAAACAGGAUUUUUCUAAUAAACGCUGUAAAAAUAAGCUUCAAUUAAUAAAUUCCUAG